GCAAGUUUCCAUUUGUCACAUGCACACCGCCUCUCAAGGCCAGCUGUCUCACUCUGCUGCACCCUGCUGCACUCUCCGUGUCUGAACAAUGAUCGCCGAGUUUCUGAUCACCCUGACGGUUCUCGUAGCGAUUCUCUUCCUGGGAUUGGAAUGGAAAAAGAGCCAGAAGACAAAGACAAUCCCUGGGCCACCGUUCUUCCGGGGUGUCUGGGAGCUCAUCCAAAGCGUAAAACAGGAAGCUAUACAUCUGUGCGCGUCCAAGUGGGCCGACCGUUACGGCGACCUGGUCUUUGUCAACGCGCUCGUUCGUAAAGUGGUCUUCGUGAACAACGCCGAGCUGUGCCGUAAACUGUUCAAUGAUCCCAGCACUAGGGAACUCAGCAAUGACCGGCCCCCGUCGUACACUGGAAGAGUUUUAUUCUAUAACUAUAAGGACAUGCUAUUUGGGCGCUACAAUAAAGAAUUGCUUAAGAGGAGAAAGAUCUUCCAUCACGUGCUAAAGUUCUACGGUCAAGGCGUCAACAACUUUGAAAAACUGAUGACAUCUACGUCCAAAGAACUGUGCCAUCGUCUAACUCGGUACGAAGGAGACGUAUCUUUGUUUGUCGAGCUCACUCGCUACAUCCGCUGGGUUGUCGGACUCCUUCUUAAAGGAGAUGAAACCUGCGAGGAGGAUCUAGACGCCAUGAUCGGGUUCAUUGAGAAAGCAAACGUAAUAGCUACAUUUGAGACGGAGAUAUUUUUAGAAACGUUUCCCUUCGUGCCGUACAUCCCAGGGCUGUGGCACCGGAAGGCCAUCCAGGAGGUCCAGGCCGCCCGGGGGAAGCUGGAGGAGCGCAUCUUUAUGGCGGUGCGGGACAAGUUCCGGGCAGGGGAGACAACCAGUAUCGUGGCUGACCUGUUGGAGCAGCAGGCGGAGCUACAGAAGAGCGGGAACUUCCAGGACAUGACAGACGAUGACAUUUUGGGCAUGGUCCAGGACAUCGCUGCAGCUGCUUACAUCACCACGGCAGGGACUCUGACGUCACUGUUUCUGCAGUUCCUCGUUGACCAAAAGCUUCAGGACCGCGUGUAUGCUGAGAUAUGUGAAGUGAUCGGAGAUGAAAGCCCCAGCUUUGAACACAAACGCCACAUGCCGUACACAGAAGCAACUAUCCUGGAGACCUUGAGAUAUUCCUCAAUCGUACCUCUUCUGCUACCUCAUUACGCCAAUGGGGACAUUCAUUUUGAGGGACAUUUCAUCCCUAAAGGCACGUUCCUAAUCCUCAACUCGUGGUGCGUUCAUCACAGAGAGGACUUGUGGGAAGAUCCCUGGGCCUUCAAACCUGAGCGGUUCCUCGACUCCGACGGUCAAGUCCUGGAGACGGACCAUCCCACACGGCAAAAUCUUCUCGCGUUCGGAGCUGGCAAAAGACUCUGUCCCGGGGAAAACUUCGCCAGAGUCCGCGUGUUUUUCAUCGUGGUCACGUUGCUCCAGAAGUUUCGGUUCCUCCCCCCGGAGGAUGUUCCGCUCCCGUCAGCAAACCCGGCAGACUGGAAGCCGGGGGUAGUGAUAUCUCCGGAAGACUACAAGUGUCGUUUGGAGCCCCGAGGUGAGCCCGCGACGUAGACGGCAGAGUGCGACUUUUAGCUGGGAUUGUUUUCACUUUUCUACUUCGUUUUUUUUUGUGUUUGCCUAUUCUUUAUUUUAUUUUUGGUCCUGUUUUUAUUUUGU